AGCGCCGGCGCGGCCGCGGCCCGACGGGAUCUUUCGAGAAUUGCCGGUACCGCGCUCCCCCCUCAGCGCCGCCGCCAUGUCCGUGGUGGGCAUCGACCUGGGCUUCCAGAGCUGCUACGUGGCUGUGGCCCGCGCCGGCGGCAUCGAGACUGUCGCCAACGAGUACAGCGACCGCUGCACGCCAGCCUGUAUAUCCUUCGGGCCCAAGAAUCGCUCCAUUGGUGCUGCAGCUAAGAGCCAGGUUAUUUCAAAUGCAAAGAAUACAGUACAAAGUUUUAAAAGAUUUCAUGGUCGUGCAUUCUCAGAUCCCUUUGUUCAAGCUGAAAAAGCAAGCCUUGCCUAUGAACUUGUCCAGCUGCCAACAGGCUCAACUGGCAUCAGGGCCAUGUAUAUGGAAGAAGAAAGAAACUUUACAAUUGAGCAGGUGACAGGAAUGCUUCUGACCAAAUUAAAGGAGACUGCUGAGAAUGCGCUUAAGAAGCCCGUGGUUGACUGUGUUGUUUCUGUUCCUUGUUUCUACACAGAUGCAGAAAGGAGAUCUGUGAUGGAUGCUACUCAGAUUGCUGGUCUCAACUGUCUGAGACUAAUCAAUGAAACAACUGCAGUUGCACUUGCAUAUGGGAUCUAUAAGCCAGACCUGCCUGCCUUGGAAGAAAAGCCACGGAACGUUGUUUUUGUGGACAUGGGGCAUUCUGCAUAUCAAGUUUCUGUUUGUGCAUUCAACAAAGGCAAACUGAAAGUUCUUGCUACAGCAUUCGAUACAACCCUUGGAGGCAGGAAGUUUGAUGAGGUGUUGGUGGAAUACUUUUGUGAGGAGUUUGGGAAGAAAUAUAAACUGGACAUCAAGUCCAAGAUCCGAGCACUGCUGAGGCUGUACCAGGAGUGUGAGAGGCUGAAGAAGCUGAUGAGUGCCAAUGCCUCUGACUUGCCCAUGAACAUAGAGUGCUUCAUGAAUGACAUAGAUGUGUCUGGAACCAUGAACAGAAGCAAAUUUUUAGAGAUGUGUGAAGGACUCCUGGCAAGAGUGGAGCCGCCCCUUCGCAGCGUGCUGGAGCAAGCCAGGUUGAAGAAGGAGGAUAUUUAUGCAGUAGAGAUAGUUGGUGGUACCACAAGAAUUCCUGCUGUCAAAGAUAAGAUCAGUAAAUUUUUUGGCAAAGAAGUCAGUACGACCCUGAAUGCAGAUGAGGCUGUGGCACGAGGCUGUGCACUGCAGUGUGCAAUUUUGUCCCCGGCUUUCAAAGUGAGAGAGUUUUCUAUCACUGAUUUGAUACCGUACCCCAUCUCUUUGCGAUGGAAUUCACCAGCAGGGGAAGACCUGAGUGACUGUGAGGUCUUCCCCAAGAACCACCCUGCUCCCUUUUCCAAGGUCCUCACUUUCUACAGGAAGGAGCCCUUCACUCUGGAGGCCUACUACAGUUCCCCCAAGGAGCUGCCUUACCCAGACCCUGCUAUAGCUCACUUCUUGGUUCAGAAGGUCACUCCUCAAACAGAUGGAUCCAGUUCCAAAGUGAAAGUCAAAGUCAGAAUAAAUAUCCAUGGCAUUUUCAGUGUUUCAAGUGCAUCUCUGGUGGAGGUUCAUAAAUCUGAUGAGAAUGAGGAGCCAAUGGAGACGGAUCAGCACGCGAAGGAGGAAGAGAAGAUGCAAGUAGACGAGGAGCAGCAAAAGGCUGAAGAGCAGCAGCAAACCCAGCCUGAAAAUAAGGCAGAGUCUGAAGAAAUGGAGACUUGUCAGGCUGACUCAAAGGACAAGAAAGUGGAUCAGCCACCUCAGGCCAAGAAGGCCAAAGUGAAGACGACCACAGUGGACCUUCCCAUUGAGAACCAGCUGGUGUGGCAGAUAGGGAAGGACAUGCUCAACUUGUUCAUUGAGAACGAGGGUAAGAUGAUAAUGCAGGAUAAGCUGGAGAAGGAGAGGAAUGAUGCCAAGAAUGCAGUGGAGGAGUACGUGUAUGAAAUGAGAGACAAACUCUGUGGUGUUUAUGAGAAAUUUGUCAGUGAGGAUGAUCGCAAUAGCUUCACACUGAAGCUAGAAGAUACAGAAAAUUGGCUUUAUGAAGAUGGUGAAGACCAGCCCAAACAAAUAUACAUUGAUAAAUUGGCAGAACUGAAGACUCUGGGUCAGCCUAUUCAGGCAAGAUUCCAAGAAUCAGAGGAAAGACCAAAAGCAUUUGAGGACUUGGGGAAGCAAAUCCAGCAGUACAUGAAAGCUGUUCAUGCAUUCAAAGCAAAGGAUGAACUGUAUGAACAUCUUGAUGAAGCAGACGUGGCAAAGGUGGAGAAGAGCACCAAUGAAGCCAUGGAGUGGAUGAACAACAACCUCAACCUUCAGAACAAGAGGAGUCUUACUUUGGACCCAGUUAUAAAAGCAAAAGAAAUACAGUCUAAAGCAAAAGAAUUGGCAAGUAUUUGUAACCCCAUAGUGAACAAACCCAAACCCAAGGUGGAGCUGCCGAAGGAGGAGCAGAAGCCGACGGAACCCAACGGACCAUUGGAUGGGCAGGGGGACGCCGGGAGCGGGACCCAGCCCCCCGAGCAGGGCUCUGCCCCCACAGCCACCGAGAAGAAGCUUCCAGAAAUGGACAUUGACUGAAUUUCAGCACUUGUUUAUAUUAUUGCAAACUACAAUAAAGCUUUAAGUUGU